CCCCAACUGUCAGUGAAACCGACGGCCUGAACGACGCGGCCACGAACGGCACGUCGGUGAUUUUGGCACGACGAACAUUUCCUGCCAUCCCACCGCCUUCCCCAGCAUUUCAUAUUCGCAGAGUUCAAUAUGGCGAGCCCUGUUCCUCCGUCUGCAGUUGAUGCUCCAAAGAAGGUUACCUUGACCGGAUAUGUUGGUUUUGACACGAUUACACAACAAAUCGAACGCAAGCUGCUUAAGCGGGGCUUUGCCUUCAAUGUGAUGGUUGUUGGACGUAGUGGGAUGGGAAAGAGUACCCUCGUGAACACCCUUUUCGCGGCUCAUCUCAAGGAUUCGAACGCACCCAAACGUGCUGAUACAUUCCGUCAGACUGUCGACAUCCAGAGCAUAUCGCAUGUCAUCGAAGAAAAUGGCGUGAAGCUGAAGCUAACCAUUACAGACACACCUGGCUACGGUGAUCAAGUGAACAACGACAACUGCUGGGAUCCCAUCAUCAAGUAUAUUAAAGAGCAGUAUUCAGCCUACCUGCGCAAAGAACUCACGCCGGCACGUGAGAAGCGUAUUCCGGACACCCGCAUUCACGCUGUCUUGUUUUUCAUUGCCCCCACUGGCCAUGCCCUUACUCCACUUGACAUCACAGUUAUGAAAAAGAUCUCCGAAGUGGCGAAUGUCAUCCCUGUAAUUGCCAAAGCUGAUUCAUUGACGAUGGAAGAGCGUACUGCUUUCAAGCGAAGGAUAAAGGAAGAGAUUGAGUUUCACGGCAUCAGGUGCUAUCCCUACAUAGACAUUGAGGAGGAUGUGAUCCUGAGUGACACGGAUCGUGUGGAGCGGCAAACUGUACAGAUGAUUAGAGAUAUGAUUCCAUUCGCUAUCGUGGGAUCUGAGAGGAAUGUGGUCAUUGAUGGCAAGGCUGUGCGUGGGCGGAGGACACGUUGGGGAAUCAUCGACGUGGAAAAUGAAAGUCACUGCGAAUUCGUCCAUCUCCGCAACUUCCUCACUCGUAGCCACCUCCAAGACAUGAUCGAAACGACCGCCUCUGUGCAUUACGAAGCGUUCCGAACCAAACAAUUGGUCGCGUUGAAGGAAAGCACGUCGCAGAUGGGAAGCUAUAGAUCUGGGCCGGACACCAGUUCCAUGACCGCAAGUCAGGUAUCUGCGGCAUAGAUCUGAGCCGCAUUUCCUUUGGGGAUGAUGAUAUUGGGAAUUGUAGUGUGUGUGUGUGUGCGUGUGUGGAGGAAUGUGUAGCUGGCCUUCAUAGAAUCGUUGAGGAUGUAUCCUUCCUAAUCUAAAAAUCUCAUAUGUAUAGAUUGGUACAACGUAUCGCUCUUGGAAGCAAAACUGACAACCACAGGGUGUAAUGGAACAACCAGGAAAUCUGGCCUACUCUAUGGUAGAUUGUAAUUUCAGCAUGUGUAGAUACAGGCUUGCUAAACAACGAAAGAGUGGAAGUUUAUACUAUCACUAUCAAAAC